AUGGACGUCAAGAACAUGACUGCGGCAGAUUGCAAAGCUUUGCAAAAUGUAAAAGUAAAAGCGCCCAAUACAGGCAGUAUUGAGGCGCAAAUUAAUCAAAAAUGUCCAAUGCGAUUUGCGGAUGUGCCUCCACCCGUAAAUACGCGUAAAGAAAACGAGGAGGAAAGAGGCUCGAGAAUAAGGAACCUACGCAUUGAUAUGGUGGGAUAUGGUCAAAAACCCAUUG